AUGGAUUGGAAAGGAAUUAAAGAAAAUGUGUUACUAAAAAGAGGUUCUUUGAACUCAAAAAAUAUAGAUGCUGUUAUGUUGAAAGUUAUGGUUGGUGAAAAGAAAUUUGAUGCAGCAUUAUCCUAUGCUAGCUAUCUGAAAUUAUCUAGUGAUGAUUUAUCUUUAGGCGCAAUAAAUGGAUUGUUAAACUUUUAUUACGAAUAUUCUAAGGAAAACGAUCUGUCGAAGAGUGAAAAAGAAUUCAUUUUAAAAACCUAUGAUCAGCUGUAUAAUAAAUACAAAGUGCUAGACUACACUACUUGUGAUAAACUGCUUCAUGCAUUAUGUGCUAUUAAUGAAUGGAAAAAGUGUAAAAGACUUCUUAGUGAUAUCCACUUAAGUUCAAUACCUACUCACUCAGCAUAUAGUACACUGAUAGCAACACUAUUUAAAAACAAUAAUAAAGCUGAGGCUAUGAAAUUUAUACAAAUAAGUUUGAAUGAUAAAAGACCUCUCCAAGACAUAGCCUACGAUGAAUGGAUUAGAUAUAUUUUCAGGAAAUAUAAAGAUAAAAAUACUAUGCUAAAAUAUUUAAAUGAAAUAUGUCUUCACAUAUCAAACAAUUGUGAAGUAGUAUCUUUAACAACAGCUACAAGAUUGAAGGAAGCUUUUGAGGAACUAAAAUGGAUUGGUAGAUUUACACAAAUAAGAAAGCAAAGUGGACAUUGUGAAUGUUGUAAUUUAAAAUUAGACUGCAUAAAGUUGUCCGAAGAUGAAUUUGCAACACUCCAGAGGGUUGUCAAGGAAAAAUUAAUACUUGGGAAGGAUCUCUUCUUGAAGACAUCUCCUGAAGAGCUUAAAAGAUUUACAAAUUUUGUUGAAAAGACAGCACCCUAUGAUAUAGUUUUAGAUGCAUUAAACAUAGCUUACACCGCAGGGAAAGGUGAUGUGAAUGAAAGAAUAAAAAUACUUAACUUAGUAGUAAAUCACUUCCUAGAUCAAAAUAAGAAAAUAUUGUUUCUGGGCAGGAGGCAUAUGUUGAAUUGGAAGGGGGGUACAUUAAUGCAUACUGUAAAGAAAGUUUAUAGCUUUUUUACAGAAAAUAUUUCUCAGGAUGAUCCAUACUUUAUAACAGCAGCAAUACUGAGUGGUCCGGAAACAGAUAUUGUCUCGAGAGAUCUGUUAAGGGGUCACAGGUUCCUUCUGCAGCAAGAAAACUUGCAGCGUUUGUUUCAAAUGUGGCAAUGGCAGCAUCAAUGGAUGGUAUUUGUUCCAAGACACAAAGCAAUCAUACAGGCCCCGCUGACAUUUACACCUUGUGCCCAAAAUCAUGAUAAUAGUUGGCAUCUACCAUAUCAAGCGGAAAACAUUCUGAAUACAGGACAACUUAAUGAUGGCACUCCUGAUUGUAAAAAUUGGCUUUGUUUAAGAGCUAAAAAAUAA